GUAAACAAAUCUUGGGUAAACGAAGAUGGUAAUAUUGCAAAUAAAUAGAUAAAACUUUUUUUUUUCUUUCCUUUUUCUUUAAACUUGGAAAUGGAGUGUACUAUCGAUCGCACGCGACGACUGCAUGUAGAAGAUGAACUUUGUUUAGAAAGUAUGAUCAAGCAAGUAUAUGGAGGUGGAGGAAGCCAGCCGCUUGGCGAGCAUGGCCAUUUAUUAUUAGAUAGUCUUAAUUUAGACAACAUUGAUGAAUAUAUUGAUAAAGAGCUUAGGAAAGCAGUACAGGUUGCUGAAAUGUCCAUGUCUUCGAAUGAAAAUAAAGGAAUUAUUGGACCUGACAAAGUUAUAUUUGAUGUUUCCAGUAAUGUUGGAAGCUUAGUCAUUGAUCGGGAUAGACUUGGUCUUUCAAGUCAAAGUAACUUCAGUUCCAUCAGAGCUAACUGUUGUGUUUACAAAGGGAAAUGGCAAUAUGAAUUGAUGCUUGGUUCGAAAGGUGUAAUGCAAGUUGGCUGGGCCACAAUAAAUUGUAAAUUUUCUCAAGAGAAAGGAGUAGGAGACACUACCCAUUCUUAUGCUUAUGAUGGUCACAGAGUUCGGAAAUGGAAUGUAUCUACUUAUAAAUAUGGUGAAUCAUGGCUGACUGGAGAUGUCAUAGGAUGUUCCAUAGAUUUGGAUAAAGGUGUUAUAGGAUUUUAUAGGAAUGGUAGCUACCUUGGUGAUGCUUUUGAUAACGUACAAGUUGGACCAGGUCUUGCUUAUUUUCCUGCUGUCAGCUUAGCAUACAAUGAAAAUCUUGUUGCUAACUUUGGUUCAACGCCACUUCGCUAUCCAAUUCUUGGCUAUUAUCCUCUUCAACAAUAUCCUAAAAAGGAUGUAGUUCAAACAAAUAAAUUGCUUAUCUGGCUAGAGAAAUUGCUUGAUAUUUAUUAUUUAGUUACCCAGGAAUCCAAUCCAGUUUUGGUUGUAAGGAAUUGGCCACCUCAAUAUAAGCAAGGUUUAAAAGCUCAACUUUUACUUGUUGCUGCUCCUUUAAUGCAUAGGCUGAGCCCUUUAUUGGCGAAUGCAUUUCUCACUGAAGGCUGUCUUAUUCCUUUCUUGUUCAAUCUGUACAACAAAGAUCAAGGCUCUAUGGAUCCAAAAUCAAGGACAACUUCUAUUUUAGAAAUAAUGUGGUCGUUGAUGGAGCCUCAUGAAUUAAAUCAGUGUCUGGAAUUCAUUGUUGUUGCUCUACUGACUGGAUACCGAUUUGCUCCUGCCACCCCCGAGUACCAUGAACAAAAGAAAUAUCUUGCUCUUACUUUGGCUCUCCUUCAGCAUACACCUACAAAACAUUAUUUAUUGCAAAACAUUCUAUUUGACAAAAUAAAGUUUCCAGUUUUCUUGGAAGUCAAGCCACUAGAUAAUACAGGUUUAGCUGAAGUUGUUCCUGAAGUUUGGCUGGAUUUUAAACAAGAAAUGAAUGAAGAGGAAAUGUUCCGCAAAGCAUGCUAUCAAAAAUCUUGUACUCAUCUUAAGUUAGUGGUGAAAGAAGUUGAACUUGUGCAAUUAGAAAUUCUUUUGGAGCUUUUUGAUGCAUCAAAUGUGCACCAGGGUCAGUGUAGUCGCUGCAUUUUUCUUCUAAAAUUAAGGGAAUUUUUGAAAGAAAAUUCUGGAGGAGCUCGUGUUCCAGUGGUUCAUUUAUGCCCUCUACCUGUGGCUCUGGCAUUCUUUCAUCGUCUCAUUUCAUUGCUUCGCAUUUGUGUAUCUGCUUCUGGCAUUGAUCUGAAUGGUCUUAGUGUUCCAUGCAGUACUUUCUAUGAUAAUUCUAUUCCUUAUUUGGAAGUACAGCGUAUUGGUGGUCUUCAAUCUCAUCUGCUGAGAAUCUAUCAGGACAUUGUUUUGCAAGAAAUUAGCAGAGAAACAGCAUCAUCUGAAAAUGUCCAAAAUGAUUUGGGCAAACUUUUAAAAUAUGAAAAGAAAUCGCAGCACCUCAAACAUGCAGGUGAUAAAGAUAAUUUUGGAACAUUGAUUGAACUUCUUGAUGGAAUUGUUCGUCUAUAUCAUAUUGCUGCUCAUCGUCAACUUGAAAAGAUGUGUGCUCUUCGGGAUAGCAUGCAUGAGUAUCGGCAUGCACUCAAAGAGAUAGAGAAAAGGUUAAAAGUUCAAAAGGGAGAUGUUGAAGAUGAAUUGAAACUCGCCAAAAAUGUGUUUAUGGAAGAGCUUAUUGAACAGGGCCGACAUCAAGCUUGGAUCUCUUCAGUAGUUUAUUCUUCUGAUAGACAAGCAGAUGUAUACUGGCUGUUACAAAUCUUACUUCGUACAUUAUCACAGGCAUCAGAAACAGGUGUAUUGUUCUCCUUUGUUCCAGAUUUUUAUGUUGAAGCAUGCAUCAAAUGUUGUCAUGCUCUUCGAAAUUUCUUUCCGCCAGCAGCACCUGCUGACAGUUUACCUGCUUUUGCUGGCCAUCAUGAACUACUUAUCAAAUAUGGCUCUUUUUUGGCACAUCAUUUUGCUGAUGAAAGAGUAGUAAAUGCAGAACUAAAAGACAGUCUUGUUCAAGCCCUUGCUUCCUAUGUGUGUUAUCCUGCAACUCUACAGGCAUUAGAAAGCAUGGAUUCAGAAAGUCGGUUGACGAUGACUAAGGCACUGCUCCAACCAUAUGAAAAUAGAGCUUGGGCUCAAUCAAAUUGGAUACUUAUUAGGCUUUGGAAAGGGUGUGGUUUUGCUUUCCGCUAUUCUGUAUCACCACACUUAGCGAAGAAAAUGAGUUGUAAAUCUAUUCCCUUACCUGAAGCUUUCCCAACAAUUUCACAAACUCCCUGUCCUUCACCUGUGUUUCUUGAGCAUGCAAGUCAGUGGUUGUUGGAAAAUCCUGAAUCAGCCUCAUCUUUCAUGAGCAGUGUUUUAAAUCAACUUAAUUGGGCAUUUUCUGAAUUUAUUGGAAUGUUACAAGAGAUCCAAAAUGCAUCCAACAGACCAGAAAGGGUUUUCAUUGACUCAAGGCAGCUGAAAAUAUGUGCCACAUGCUUUGAUCUGGCUCUUGGCUUGCUAAGAGUCCUAGAAAUGACGGUUCAUCUAGUCCCUCAGCUGUUUACAGAUCCCAACAGACCAUCUUCAGACAUAUUUUUGACUAGACUGUGUCAGCUUGUUUGUCAAGUUCUGAACAGAGUGACCUCCAAAUCAGGCUGUUUUUGUCUAGUUGCUAGCAUGGAAAUACCAGGACUUGAAACAAUAGAUCAUUUUCCUAUUUUAACAGCCGUUACUGGAAUACUCGUUUCGCUCAUUAUUGAUGGUCUGCCUAAAAGUCAGAAGAAAGCAAUAAAUGCACUUUUGUCCGAACCGAGUUUUCAACCUUCUUCUCUGGACUUUUUACUGGGAUCCACUCAGGAGACACCCAACUUUAAGCCAUUUUCAUUACGAGAUUAUAAAGAAGUAAGUAAGGAAGAAAUUGAAAAAGUUGAAAAUUUAAUCCAGCUGCUGCAUGCAAAAUAUGAUAUAGCCCAACAGAAUCGUGGCCUAGAAGAAAUUGAUGAUGACUUGGUGUGUACUAUAUGUUAUGCAAAUCCUAAAUCUGCUCGAUUUCAUCCUUGCCAACACCAAUCUUGCAGGUCCUGUAUAUCCUUACAUCUAUUGAGUCAUAAAGAAUGUUUCUUCUGCAAAGCUACAAUUGAAUAUGUAAAACCUUUGCAUCCAGAAAAAAAGUGAUCAAUCAGAGACAAUGUACUUAGAAAUUAUGCCAAAUUAAUAUACAAAAAUGUUUAUUUAUGCAAUGUGAGGUGUAAAUAUCUACUACUUAUUCUGAAUAAAUGCAUUUCUUCCAA